CUUUGGGAUCGUUUGACGGGGUAACCACAAGCCGCCGCUCUCCCUCCGCGCCACACACACACGCGCGUAAACAAACAUCGAUAUCUUGUGUAUAACGUCUCAUUCCCACGUUGUCUCGGACUGGGAAGGAAAUCGUGAGGAGAAUGUGGUUUGAGAGGUACGAACGCAAAUAACGUGAAAUGAAGUGAGUUAGUUAAGCUGAAAAAGAGAAGUGAAGUGAAACGAAGUGAACUGCCAAAGGAGAGAAGAAGAAAAGGAAAAGUGAAGUGAUUUACCGAAGACGAGAAAAGGUAAAGUGAACUAGAAAGGACGAAGGAAAGGAGAAGUGGUUAAGUGAAACACAUGGAAACAUGGAAAUGCAGGCAACAGAAAGCCUAUUGGUUUAUUACGAGGUUGCCCGCUUUGGUGAUUUAAUCUGCUCGACAGCCACUUGGGGCCUGGGGAGCAGAUGAAAGCACCUCGAUUUUAAGGAGCAGGACUGCCAAAGAAAGAAGAGAAGAAGAAAAGGAAAAGUGAAGUAAACUGCUUAAUACGAAGAGGAGAAAAGGUGAAGUGAAUUGAACUAACUAAGACAAAGAAGAGGAAAAGUGAAACAAAGUGAACUGGCAAAGAGGGCAAGAGAGAAGUGAAGUGAAGUGGAGAGAAGAAAUUCCUGCAGUACAAGAUCGUGACAUUUAAUCAUUUGACGUGAAAGGGAGAUGAACACGACCGACAGACUCUUCCCAAUGAUGAAAGAAUAACAGACAGACAGAUAGAUAGAUAGAUAGAUAGAUAGAAAGAGCUAGAUACAUAGAAAGAUAUAGAGACUGACAACACACAGACAAAUACAGACACACGGACAGACAGACAGAAAGAAAGACAGGCACACGCAGACAUUCAGACACUCAGACAGACAUAAAAUAGAGUUAAAGAUAAAGAUAAACAAAGAUAAGGAAAAGGCUAUUAAAAAAAGAAAGACAGACAGACAGACAGCUAAAUAAACAGAGUAGAUAGAUAAAUAGACACAGAUAGAGAAACAUACAUACAUACACAUACACACACAGACAUACAUAAAUACAGACAGACAGACAGACGAGGCAAGAGAAAUACGACAAGAAGAGAAAUGCAUCGAAUCAUGAGACGGCCCCAGCACGUAGCAACCCUGGCAACACUACUCCUGGCUAUGGUGACGCAGGGGGGAGGAAGGGAAAGCGACCAGGUGACCGUCGCUAACUACCUGCACAGCCCCAACCUAUCAGGCCUCACCGAGCACCCAGACGCCAGGCUCUCCACGCCUGAGUUGAUCAAGCGAAGAGGUUACCCUAUCGAGAUACACGAAGUCGUAACAGAGGACGGCUACAUCAUAGAACUGCAUCGAAUACCUCACGGCCGCUACCUCCAGACCAACCAAUAUCUCACGCCUGUUACUGACCACUACAAGCCCCCCCCACCAACGAGUUAUGGACAGUACCCGCAGAUGCCUUCCCCGCACUACACAGCCCCCGACGUGUAUGGGGAUGUGUCGAACCAUGUUGAUGAAGGGAGGAGAUGGAGAAGAGAUGGAAGAAAUGAGACUUACGGAAGAAGGUUGAGUCCAGAUCGCAAAGUCGUGUUGGUCAUCCCAGGAAUCUUCGCCACCAGUGCAGAUUUUGUGUUGAACGACCCCGACCAAGCGUUAGCCUUCAUCCUGGCCGACCAAGGGUAUGAUGUCUGGCUUGGCAACUAUCGCGGCAACUUUUACGGCCGGAGACACAAGUACCUCAGCCCCUCGGACCCCGCCUUCUGGGACCAUACAUGGAACGAGUUGGCGAGGUUGGAUGUCCCCGCACAGUUGAGCUAUGUGCGCGAGGUGAGCGGGUCGGCGAGGGUCAGCUACGUCGGCUACUCUAUGGGAACCUCGCUCUUCUUCGCCAUGUUCUCCUACUACCCCGAGAUGACCUCCUGGGUUAGGUCCAUGGUCGCCCUCGCCCCCGUGGGUUACAUAUACCACCGUGCGCUUCCCCUGGGCCUGCUGUCACCCUUCUACCCCCUGAUUGAGAGAGUCCUACAGCGGGCGGGCAUCCUGGAGCUCCUUCCCCUGAUGCCAGACUCGAGGGCGCCCCAAAAGGCUGCGUUCUGUGGCCCUUACUCCCCCACGAGGCCCGUUUGUGUGUUCAUUCAGCAGUUUCAGACAGGGUUCAACCGCGAGUAUAUUGAUAAGGAGUAUCUGCCCGUCAUCCUCGCCCACUUCCCCGCCGGUGCAAGUUACAAAGUGUUCGUCCACCUUCUGCAGCUCCAUGCCUCCCCUGUGUCUCGGUCCAGCCCUUCCCUGAAUCUGCCGCCCCGAGGGUCGUGA